AUGCGCCCAACAGCAGGCAUCGUGAAAGCUCAUGGAGUUAUUGAACAAUUCCCGUUAGCUCCCUUCGUCUUCUUGAUCGUAGCGGGCAUAUGGCUUACCAAAACCAGCGAUUUUGGCAUACCCCGCUUCUUCAGUAGGGAUAUUUCAUCAUUCUCUAAGAUGAUAUCUGUGUCUAUUGGAGGGCGUUGCCGUCUUCGCAAACGUGUGUUCGACGCUCAGGACCGCAUCGAAAUACUCUGCCCGAGUGACUACCUAUCUACCGCCAACGAAGACGAGACUCGUGUCACCAAUCAAUUCAUAAACGGGCUUGAGAUCGCUUUCCAAACUGAACGUUGCGUGAUCUCCAUCGCCAAUCGAUGGAAAGAGGACAUGCCGGACGGAAUAGAGAACAAUGACAUUGCUGCGUAUCUCAAGACUGCUGGGAUCUACCCAUUCAUCCGCGAUUCAAAGAAAGGCAAAAACACCUUUGGGGGUAAUGUCAGGGAUAUCAUUAAGUCUAUCAGCGAGGAGAAGCUAGCUGAGUGUAUCCGCCGCUGUGAAGUCUACCGUGACUGGCUCUUGAGAAAGAUAUUCGAGGCAGAUUCGGAGGGAAGGCUUAAAGUCAUGGUCAUCCCAGGGGUGGAGGGAAAAGCAAACUGCACCACCAGUGGGGAGCCCGAACCCCUCAGCGAUCUCCUCAACGGGUACGCGUCCGCGAACAUGUCUGCUAUCCUUCAGGCGCCUGAGCUUGCCGCUGUUGGUAUGUAA